AUGUCGGAUGCGUAUACCGUCCGUGGCUUCUGGGGCAAGUUCUGGCAUCAAUCUUUGCGGUGGCCCUUUACCUCAGUGAGCAACUAUAUCACGAGAGAUGUCCUCCGGCUUCCCCGUCCCUCUAUAUUGGAACGCUACGCCAAUAUCUCUUUCACUUUCUUCAUGUCUGGUGUAUUACACUUGGUCUGUAAUGCUAUCCUGGGAAUUCCACCAUCAGAAUCUGGCGCUGUUAAGUUCUUCUGCUGUUUUCCCCUUGCUAUCAUAAUCGAGGAUGGAAUCGAGGAAUUCUGGCACCGAGUGGCAGGACAGGAUAAGGUCAAUAUUCAACCAGUCCAGCCAGUCCCCUUCUGGCAGAGGUUGAUAGGCUUCAUUUGGGUAGGUGUCUGGAUGUGUGUGACGUCUCCCUGGUACCUAUACCCAGCUGCUCGUCAACAGCCGGACAAGGACUGGUUAGUGCCAUUUAGUUUUAUUAAGGCGAUUGGCCUAGUCGCUGUGCAGGCAACCCUUGUGCUUUACGGUAUAUUCCUAUACUUUGCGGUCGGUGGGGAGAUUUAG